GCCGAGUACCGAGUACCGAGAGAGAGUGCAUUUUAUAUAGAAAGAAGCUUCUCUUUUUCUUCAUCUUCUUCUCCAAAACACCAAUAUACUCUGAAAUAAAAGCUCUCAACUUUCUCAUUUCUCUGGUUCUAAAUCCGUUUAAUGCUUUCUGGGUUGACAUAUUUUGAUGUCUAUUUCUUUGGAGCAUGAUUACAUAGGCUUAUCUCCUUCAAUGGAAACCUCUGACAAGUCUGCUGCUUUGAACCUCAAAGCCACUGAGCUGAGACUGGGCUUGCCUGGCUCCCAAUCCCCACAGAGAGACAGCGGCGGCGGCGGUGGUGGGGUGGAGGAGAAAGCUGCUGGGUUUUCAGCAUGUGGGGUUAAGGGGUUGGUGUCUGGGGCCAAGAGGGGAUUCUCAGACGCCAUUGAUGGAGCUUCUGGAAAGUGGGUUUUCUCUGGGAGUGGUGGAUCUGAGGUGGAGUUGGGAAAAGGUGGAAACUUGCUUUCUCCUAGAAGUGUGCAUGCUGGGAAAACUCUUGCUGCUGGGAGUGAACCCAGCAAGCAACCAACUGGUUUAGCUGGGUCUAAUGUGAAAGAUGGUGUCCAACAGUCUCCAAAGCCAUUGCAUGAGAAGAAAUCCCAAGGGUCUGCUGGGUCUACUGCCCCUGCUGCAAAGGCACAGGUUGUAGGAUGGCCACCAAUUCGUUCUUUCCGGAAAAAUUCAAUGGCUUCCGUUCCUUCGAAAAAUGAUGAUGAUGCUGAAGGCAAGAUGGGAGCAGGGUGUCUAUAUGUUAAGGUCAGCAUGGAUGGUGCACCGUACCUGAGGAAAGUUGAUCUGAAAACCUACGGUAGCUAUCUGGAGUUAUCUCUAGCUCUGGAAAAGAUGUUCAGCUGCUUUACAAUCGGUCAUUGUGGCUCACAUGGAGCUUCGAGAGAUGGAUUGAGCGAGAGUCGAUUGAUGGAUCUUCUACAUGGUGCUGAAUAUGUCCUCACCUAUGAAGACAAGGAUGGCGAUUGGAUGCUAGUUGGUGAUGUUCCCUGGGAAAUGUUUACCGACUCAUGUAAGAGGAUGAGGAUCAUGAAGAGUUCAGAGGCUAUGGGUCUAGCCCCCAGGGCCAUGCAGAAGUGCAAAAAUAGUAAUUAGUGUCAUCUCAUCAACCAGAAAUGGAUCAAACUCUUAAGCAAAUGAGGUUGGAGGGAGCUUGAUACGAUUGAGGUGAAAGCACUGAACGGUUCCAAAAUCGGGCACUCUGUUCUUGUCAACUUAUGCUUCUUAAAUAUUGAAUAUUUAGUGUAACAAAAUAUGACAUUCUCGUAGGUUCUGCAAACUGGUCUAGUAUAACUAGUUCUCUCUCUUCCCUCUCUCUCUCUCUCUCUCUUGAAUUUCAGAUAGUUGGCUGCUUGAAGUAAUUGUAUUACGUAUGAAAAACGGUUAGUGUGACGACCAUGUCUCUACAUAAAGGAAUGAAAUUAACUGCAGUAUUGGAAUACUAGUUUGGUUUU